AUGCCUCCCAAGAAGGGCCAGCGUAAUUCAAUGCCGGCGCGCAUCAGUAAAGCGCCUACAUUGACACCUUCUCGGCGCUCGCCCCGAGUACCUCCCCCAUCAAACAGUACAAAUGAGAGCGCGCAACCCACCAAAACGUUGAACCUUACAUCCGCCUCUCCCCAACACAACUCUAUCAACAUUCGUUUUUACACUCCAAAUCCACCUGUUUCAAGUAAUCCGCCUGUGAUAAGUCCUGUUUCACGUGGAACCUCCCCUGAAACACCCUCUUCACGUCGGCGGGCCUUCCAGUCUCGUCCAUCUCGUCUUUCCACUGUUCACACUCCAGCCCUAGAAGCCCCGGUCACCAACCCGGGUAGCCGACGGACAAGAAGAACAGCUGCACUUGAGACGCCAAAGAAAGAAGUUUCAGAUAUUGACUUCCCAGAGAGCACUGGUAGCGCCAGCUGGACGUUUGACCAGUACAUGGGCAGCUUUGAAUCUGAAGGAACAGCCGAUGGUCCGUCGAGCCCUACCAGUGCCUCCGACAUGCGGAACUCAUCCCGGGUUCGCAAGCCCACCAUGAGGGCCAUUGAAUCUUUUGAAUCAACUAAGAAGAAGCCUCGCCGAAAGAACACGCCAGGGUCCACCCCGACCGUGGAAACUCCUGCCCCUGCUGUCCCCGUGCCUAGCAAGGUUGCGAAGAACAAUAUUUCGAAGCAACCAAUGAAAAAAACCAGAAAGUCAAAGAGAAUGACCAACUUGAACCUGCGAAAGAAUGCUGUCUUGAUCGGUUUCGAUAUUGACGCGAAGGUGGCUGGCAAGAAGCUGUAUGACUUGACUGUUCAGUCCCUAAGUCCUGACUUUACUUUCCCUUUCAAUCUCCCGGUGUUCUUGGAGCAGCAGCGAAGUGAAUACUUCCGUCGCCAAGACGAAGAAAAAUAUGGCGUCGACAUGCCCGCCACCACCUCGCCGACUGAUAUCGAUGUUGAUAUUGGUAUGAUCGACCAAGACCUCUCAGAGCCUGUGAUCGCUCCUUCUCCUCCUUCUCCCACUCCGCCCACUUCGCCCACUCCGCCCACUUCGCCCACUCCGCCCACUCCUCCCACUGUUCCCACUGUUCCCACCGCAGUUACCAACGCUUCAAGCAUCCUGAGCUACAAAAAGCAGUCUGACAGCAAGGUCAGCAGCGAUGGCUGGAUUCAGACUGGCUACGUCAACUCCAGCGGCGAAGAGGUUGCCCUGAUUCCCGAGAAAUGCCACCCCUACUAUCCAUCUCAUACUUACGGCUACGAGGGUCUUCCUUUCCCCCCAGUGCGCGCCAGAACCAGCCAGCAAGCCGAGGCCGAUGCAGCUCACAGCUUCGCUCCACUCAUGGGAGACCGUAAUCUCCCAUUCGAAGCGAUGGCUCCAUUCGUCACUGAAAACGUCGAGGAGGAGAAGGCCAGGGCUCGGGCUCGGACUCCUGUGCCAGCCCCCGCGACCAAGAAGCCCCGUGCCCGAAAGCGCCGUCAGACCGCGGCCGCAGAUGCCGCCGAUGAACCUGCCGCAGCUGUCCCCGCCACUGCUGCCGAGACCGGCGGACGCAAGUCACAGCGUCGCCGACGCCAGACCGCUCCUGCUCCUGCUCCCACUGUCCCCUCCCCUACCUCUCCCACCUCUCCUAACUCUCUUCCGACCACUGCGACCCAGGUCCAGUCUUCGGGCCCGGCUGCCGCCGUCGCCCCCGCUGCCACCGAAGGCGACAAGCCUAAGGUGCAGCGGCUGCGGCUGACCUUGAAGCCGGCGCCCAAGACUGAGGCCUCCGGGGUUGGAGCAUCUGCUUCCAAAGACCCCGCCGUGCGGCCCCCUUCCUCCCCCGCCCUCUCACGUGCGCCGUCCUCCGCAAAAACCAACAAGCGCCGCCGCCGCCGGGGCAUGUGA